CAAAAUUUUGAUGGCAAAACCAAACUGAAUUUAGGAGAGAGAGAGACUAUAGAGGCGAGUGUAAAGAAAGAACUAGGAGUACCAUAGAGAUGGAGGAGUUAGAAAGAAUUCAAAGACGAAUUCUGGAAAGAAUAGCGCACCUUGAGUUUCAACUUUCUCUCUCCUCCCCAUCUGACGACGACGACGCCGCCAAUGAUGCCACUGCUGAGCGUCUCUCCGCCAUAUUGCGCGUUAAUGGCGUUAAUGACUUCAGCUUCAAGGUUGUUCCCUCCGAUUACUACGAUCGUCCUCUUGAAGCCAGACGACACCUCCUCUCUGCUCCUUCUAUUCAUCAUCUUUGUAAAAGCAUUGUUCUGGUGAAUACUCAAGCACAGUCUCACGUAAUUGAUUGUAACAACCGCAAUAAUUCAAAGUUCUAUGUUGCUGUUGUACAGUAUACUGCAAGAUUUAAUGCAGAAAUGGUCAAGAAUUACCUAUAUUCACUCAAUGAGGGCAAAGUGCCCAAAAAGAAAUUUAACUUGAGGCUUGCUCCAGAGGAGUUAUCAAACAACUUAACGGGAUUUGGGCAUAAUGCUGUUACAUGCAUUGGCAUGAAGACAGACAUACCGGUGAUACUGGAUGAAGCUAUAGCAAAGCUUUCACCUGAUUUCUUCUGGUUGGGAGGUGGAGAGGUCUAUUUAAAGAUGGGCAUCCGAACAUCCGAAUUUAUUCAAUUCGUGAAGCCCUUUGUUUUCAGCUGCAGCACUGCUUGAUUGCUCAAUAUCCAAGAAAAUAACAGUUGAUUUAGUGCUGCUAUAACUUUAUCGGUCCGAUGCGAGAUAUCUUAGCUACUUGUAUCUUAUAGCUUGAACUGGAGAAAGAACCAGAUUCUUGUAUUGAUGAUAUAUUUCUCGAUUUGACGAGUACAAUUUGUUGGAGAAAUAGGUCAGGUCUUUUUCUUGUGAA